GCUCGCUGCAGUAGCAGAAACGCAGUGAGGAGAAACAGACGAGCUUUAUUACAGUAAACCCUUGCAGACGAAAAGAAGAGAGACGUUUAGUGUUUUUCACAGUUUUCUCAGGUUAUGGUUUCAUUAUUAGCUGUCUAAUGGAUCUAGUGCAGUUUUUUCACCCGGAAUCUUUUUCCUUCCCUUCUGACCAGAACAACUUUCUGGAAACGUUGUUGUCGAUCGACGGACACUGUCCCGCCUACAUCAAGACGGAGCCAUCGAGCCCUUCCUCCCUGUCGGACAGUCUGACCCAGCACAGUCCCGGGGCGUCGUCAGACGCUGGGAGCAGCUACAGUUCAGUAACUAAAGAUAACCCAACAGGUCUGGACUCUCCCACUUCAUACCCUGCGGCUGAGGCGGAUCUUAGGCCUCCUGGCGCCCCCUGCAGGCCGCUGGAGGAACCGCUGGAGAAGAGCGGAUACGGGCUGAGCUCGGGCCCCAAACGCCUGUGUCUCGUGUGUGGAGACGCUGCAUCUGGUUUUCACUAUGGAGUGGCUUCCUGUGAGGCCUGCAAAGCAUUCUUCAAACGCACUAUUCAAGGAAAUAUCGAGUACAGUUGUUCGGUCAGCAGAGACUGUGAGAUCACUAAAAGGAGGAGGAAGUCCUGUCAGGCCUGCCGCUUCACUAAGUGUCUGUCUGUGGGAAUGCUGCGAGAAGGUGUGCGUUUGGACCGGGUGCGAGGAGGACGGCAGAAAUAUAAGAGGAGAAUCAACUCUGAUUCCAGUGUCUUCUUCAGUGUACAGCAACCUCACAGAAAACAACCGUCCUGCAGCACUCAGGGGGAGAAUAAGGUGGUGACCCUGCUGUUGGGGGCGGAGCCAGAGAAGGUGUGUGCCAUGCCUGACCCCGCCCUCCCCGACAGUGACAUCAAAGCCCUAACGACCCUGUGUGACCUCGCCGACAGAGAGCUGGUGCUCAACAUCAGCUGGGCCAAACACAUACCAGGUUUCUCCAGCCUCUGUCUGUCCGAUCAGAUGAGUCUCCUGCAGAGCGCGUGGAUGGAGAUCCUCAUCCUGCGUGUGGCUUUCCGCUCGCUGCCCUGCGAGGACAAACUGGUGUUUGCGGAGGAUUACAUCAUGGAUGCUGAACAGGCCAAAUCAGCAGGUCUGCUGGAGCUCCACAAGGCCAUAUUACAGCUGGUGCGCAGGUACAGGUCCAUGAGGCUGGAGAGAGAAGAGUUUGUCACUCUGAAAGCCAUUGCUCUCGCCAACUCAGACUCAAUGCAUAUAGAGGACGUGAAGGCCGUUCAGGGUCUGCAGGACUCUCUCCAUGAAGCUCUUCUGGAUUACGAGUGUGUCCAUCACAGGGAAGACCCUCGACGGACAGGGAAACUCGUCAUGACCCUUCCACUCCUCCGCCAGACCUCCGCCAAAGCCGUGCGGCACUUCUGCAGCAUCAAGCAGGACGGACGCGUCCCCAUGCACAAACUCUUCCUGGAACUUCUGGAGGCAAAUGUCUGAUCCUUUACCUGAUUGGACCAUCAAACAGAGGUGACACGCCCCUCCUGCACACGAUUGGAUGAAGGAUUAUUCACGAAUCCAGGGAAAACCACAGGCGCUUGUCAUUGUCAUGACACAUAACAAUAAUACAGCAUAUUCUCAGACAAAUACAGUUUGUUUUAUAUAGU